GAGUUUGAAUGUGCCGAAAGCGGGCGAGACGGAGGACAGUGGCGAAGUGUUAGUGUUUGUAGAGUACUGACCAUGGCACAAGCUGGAGAUGAAUGGGAGCUAAGCAAAGAAAAUGUGCAACCCCUGCGUCAGGGCAGAGUUAUGUCUACUCUGCAGGAGGUGCUCUCACAGCAAGAGAGUGCAAGCCAUACUGCUGUCCAGCAGCAGAAGCAAGCAUUUGAACUGGAACUGCGCUUCUAUGCUGGUGACGAUCCACUUGAUGUCUGGGACAGGUACAUCAAGUGGGCUGAGCAGGCAUUUCCUCAAGGAGGGAAAGAGAGCAACUUGUGCCCGUUGCUGGAAAGAGGUGUUAAGAUAUUCCAUGAAGAACAGCGAUAUUAUGAUGAUCUGCGCUAUCUUAACAUUUGUCUCAAGUUUGCAAAUUUUUGUUCAGAGCCUCUGGAUUUGUACAGCUAUUUGCACAGCCAAGGAAUUGGGGUUUCUCACUCCCUGCUUUAUAUCACUUGGGCCGAACAGUUUGAAGCCCGUGGUAAUUUCAAGAAAGCAGACUCCAUGUUUCAGCAGGGCAUGCAAUGCAAAGCUGAACCUUUGGAAAAACUAGAGAUCCAUCAUCGGCAGUUUCAGGCCAGAGUAUCACGUCAAGUAUUACAGGGCAUUUCAGAGGGGCCAGAUGUAGAGGAACCUGAACUUUCUGAGCCACAGCGCAGCUCACUGGCAGAUCUAAAGUCCAGAGGGAAGACCAAAGCAAAAGUACCAGUUAAUCGAGUGGGAGACUCUAUCAAAUCACGUCCUCAAGGCCUCGGCCUUCAAGCUGCUCCACCACAGCAAAUUCCGAACCGCUCACGCUUUUCUGUGUUUGAUGAAAAUGCUGCAAUGUCAGCUGCCCAAGAACUACCCUCGCUGACUCCACAGCAGUGGACUGCACCACCACCUGCACGGUCUAAAGAGAAUGAACAGAGAGCUCGACCAUGGAACUCUGGCAGGCCUUCUAGAAACGGCCAUCAGGCUCCCGUCUCUGAACUGCCUCAAUCUUUGCCCAGUUUCACUCCUUAUGUGGACGAGGGUGCUCAGCAUCAAACAGUAACUCCAUGUAAAAUAAACCCAGCCGUCACUAGUGUCCUAAGCUCCCGCAAGCCAGGAAAGGACGAGGAUCCGCUGCAAAGAGUACAGAAUAAUUCUCAAGGAAAAGAGGAGACGGUCAUGUACUGCAAGGAUAAAGUUUAUGCUGGUGUGGAAGAGUUCUCCUUAGAAGAGAUCAGGGCAGAAAUUUACAUGGCAAAAGUACGGAGGAAGAGAGAAGACGACCUACAGGCAAGUGCGUUGAGGAGACAGGACAUGGAGCGGCAGAUAGAGGAGAUGGAGAGGCAGCUAAAGGGAUCGUGUAUCGGAAGCAAAGAGACAGUAAUUGAACAGCCUGCACAUAAUGUUGAGCCUAUUAUCACGCCAUGUAAUUCCAAAACAAGUGAGAGUAUAUGUGCACCUCAGCAGGAACCAGGCAUGGAAUUUCCACUGUGCUUUGAAAUGGCUGAUGCUGCUCCAACACUGCCAAGGAUGGGGAUCCUGCCAGUAUCAGAUGUACUAGGGAACAAUCACAACUCAUCAGGUUUGUCGCCAGCGCUUUCCUGUGAUAUGCCCUUUACAAUAUUUGAUGAAUCUUCAGAAGCUCUGCCUAGCAUGAGUGUCCCGAAGACAAUUGCUGCACCUGUACGCCGCCCGCUUGCUGUUGUAUCUAAGACAAAGUCAGAAUCCCAACUAACCGAUACUCUGGAUGGAAUUGAACAUUUAAAUGAAGAGGCAAUUGUGUGUGGCUCCGGUAAAAACAAAUCCUUAUUCCCUGACCCAGAAGACACUUGUGAUUUUGUGAGAGCUGCACAUCUGGCAUCAACACCUUUCCAUAGGGCCAGGGAUGAAUCGGAAGAAUCCUUACAGCGGAACUCAGCAGAGAGAUUACCGCUUCAAGAAAAGACACCUGUGUGCGAGGAAUCCUACAGACAAGAGCUCUGCAUAAAGAAACUAAGCCCCAUUUUAGAAGCUAGCCAAGAAGAUACACGCACAUCGGUCUCCUCAGUGUCCUCCAUUUCAAGCACAACGAGCAUGUUCACUUCCAAGACUUUGCCACUCUCAGAGAAGCUUGAGCUGGCCACUCAGAUUACAGGGGUGUACGAGUCUGAGCCAACCACAGAAGAGCUUCCUCAAGCAGAAGAAAUUGCAGAAUUGCAUAGACAGUUAUUGGAACUUCUGCCAGAGCUGCUGGUCUCUCCAGAGAUCCAACAUGAGGUUGGAACAAUGCCUGAUCUGAAAGAACAAGAAGAGUUGGUGUUGGGUUGUGAAACUUACAGUCUGAAAAAUGAAGUUAUCCUUCAUCCUAACAGCAAGAUGUUUAUGGGUGCCCCUGUGGAUUGGGAUAUGGAAGAGAUGAAGGCAUUUGCUCUAAAGGUGGAUUACCAGCCAGUUCCAUGGGAUUUAUAUGUUACAUUGCAGUUGAAGGAGCGCCUUGGAGACCUAUUUGAAACAUUUUUCAUGGAGCAAACAAACAGUUUCCUCUACCAGAAUGGGUGCAUCAGUCUCUACAAGGACAUCAACCGUUUCAGUAUUCAAGAGAUCCUUUUGGAUUCUGAAGAACUUAUCAAGGAAGUGAUUGUGCUGGUGACGUACAACUUGUUAAGCCUGGUGGAAAAACUUCAUUCGGUGGAAAUAGUUCAUGGAGAUUUGAGACCAGAGACUCUGCUACUGGAUGACAAGAUUUUUGAUUUGUCGUCUUCCCUGGAGUUGGAGGGUUUAUUUAAGAUGGUAGAUUUUUCCCACAGCAUGGAUCUAAAAUUAUGUCCCACAAUGAGCUCAUUACGAGGUUUUCCUAUUGCCCAAUCUGAAAGUGGUCAACAGUUUCUCAAUCCCCAGUCCUCUCCUUAUCAGGUGGACAUUCUUGGCAUUGCAGACCUGGUUCACCUAAUGAUUUUCAGAAAACGAUUGCAAUUAAACCAGGAAAAUUCAGUCUGGACAAUUUGUAAAGAGGUUCCUAGGCUGCGUGGCGGAAAUCUCUGGAACCAAUUCUUCACUAAGAUCCUAAAUGCAGAAGGCCCAAGCACAUGUGUUCUGAGGGAGCUGAAAGCAGAAAUGAUGGAACUAUUUGACAGCGGCUUUCAAGACAAACUUUGUAACUAUUUCAUCCAGUUGGAGAUGAGACUGAACCCCUUAUGAGAAGCACAAUGGCUCCUGCACAGUCAAACAAAUACAGGAACAUUGGACUUUAUUGUACUGAACUGUGCACUGUGCUGUCACCUUGCUCUAGUGUUCAGUGUAAAUAUGUGCAUUCCAUUGGAAAUGUCUGCAGGUUAGCUGUUACAUGCUUCCUUCAUACAUUGAUAUGGGCACCUGUAGCCCCAAUGAUGCAGAUGUUCCUGUGUUUUUAUAUUUCUAUUGUCUUACUUUGUCUCUGAAUUGUCUUCUGUUCAUACCUGGCACUUUGCUUACUAGUGUGCUGUUAUCUAUGUAUAAGACUGUGGAUACUAUUAAAACUCGCAUAACAACAUC